CUCUCACCAACCGAGCUCACCCACUCUCCCGUUACCCGGAAGUAUGCAGAAUUCCCAAAGAUGGCGGAGCAAGGUCCGAUGGCGAUAGCUAUGCGGCUAAGAAAUCAGCUACAGAACGUCUACAAGCUCGACCCGUUGAGGAACGAGGAAGAAGUCAAAAUAAAAAUUAAGGACCUAAAUGAACACAUCGUGUGCUACCUGUGUGCCGGAUACUUUAUUGACGCCACCACCAUCACGGAAUGUCUUCAUACAUUCUGUAAGAGUUGCAUUGUGAAAUAUCUGCAGACCAGCAAGUAUUGCCCAAUGUGUAACAUCAAAAUCCACGAAACGCAACCUCUUCUGAAUCUGAAGCUGGAUAGAGUCAUGCAGGACAUCGUCUACAAACUGGUCCCAGGUCUACAAGAGAGCGAAGACAAAAGAAUUAAAGAAUUUUAUCAGUCACGGGGUCUUGAACGCAUCAUACAGCCGUCUGGAGAAGAUUCCCUUCCAGAUAAUACGGGAUUACCCUUCACAAGCUUCGAUCACUCUAAAGCUCAUUUCUACAGAUACGAUGAGCAGGUCUCGCUCUGUUUGGAAAGGCUGAGCUCGCCAUUCUCUGGAAAAGACAAAAAUAGAUUAACUUUACAACAGAAAUUUGUGCGUUGUUCGGUCAGGACUGAGGUUCGGCAUCUGAGGAAGGUGUUAUGUCAUCGCCUUAAAGUAGAAAAACAUCAGGUCCAGAUGUUAUUCAAUAACGAAUCCCUCCCAGAUCACAUGACCAUGAAGCGUCUGUGGCUUUCUCACUGGUUUGGAAAGGCACAACCAUUGGUGCUCCAUUAUGCCAUAAAGGACAAGCGAGCAAGAUAGGAUUGUGUUUAAAUAUUGGGUGUAAAUAUUUUGUAUUUCACAUAUUAUAUUUUAAUAGCUUUCUGUGCAUAUAUACUUAUUUUUUUGUUUUGUAUUUUUGAAAAUAAAUUUUAAGUGGUAAAAA